GCCCUCCUCCCCCUCGCAGAACACUCAAUGUCGGAACGUUCCGAAGAUGACGUCGGAGCGUUCUCGAAUCCCGUGUCUCUCGGCUGCUGCUGCCGAAGGAACAGGGAAAAAGCAACAAGAAGGAACAGCAAUGGCGACACUGCACCGCAAAGUGCCCAGUCCGGAGGCGUUUCUGGGCAAACCCUGGUCCUCCUGGAUCGACGCCGCCAAAUUACACUGCUCCGACAAUGUAGAUUUAGAAGAGGCUGGAAAAGAGGGUGGCAAAAGCAGGGAGGUUAUGAGGCUUAAUAAAGAAGAUAUGCACCUAUUUGGCCAUUAUCCAGCACAUGAUGACUUCUAUCUGGUUGUGUGCAGUGCCUGCAAUCAGGUUGUCAAGCCACAGGUCUUCCAGUCGCACUGCGAGAGAAGACACAGUUCAAUGUGCAGGCCUUGUCCCUCUCCAGCAUCUCCAGCCUCCAAUGCCCGGACAUCACUAGCACAGGCAAAGACGAAAACCUGUGUCAGCGGCCAUAACGCUGUCAGCAGCACCUCAAAGCCAUUUAAAACGCCCAAAGACAAUCUACUUACCUCCAGCAGCACACAGCACACAGUCUUCUCUGCAAAGGGACCAAGGGAUAAACCAUGCGUUCCAGUUCCUGUAGUCAGUUUAGAGAAAAUUCCUAACCUAGUGAAGGCCGAUGGUGCCAAUGUCAAAAUGAAUUCUACAACCACUCCUGCAGCCACUUCCUCCUCCUCCUCUGCCGUCUCAACCCCACCUUUAAUUAAGCCCACCUUGAUGUCCAAGUCAGUGCCACCUUCACCAGAGAAGAUCUUAAAUGGCAAGGGGAUUCUGUCAGCCACCAUCGACAAGAAGCACCAAAACGGCACCAAAAACAGCAACAAGCCUUACCGGAGACUUUCAGAGAGAGAAUUUGACCCAAAUAAACACUGUGGAGUAUUGGAUCCCGAGACAAAGAAACCUUGCACAAGAUCCCUCACCUGCAAGACACACUCGCUGAGCCACCGGAGAGCAGUCCCAGGCCGGAAAAAGCAAUUUGACCUCCUUCUGGCGGAACACAAAGCCAAGUCGCGGGAGAAAGAAGUGAAAGAGCACCUUCUGACUUCCGCUAGGGAGAUACUUCCAAACCCGCCAGGACCCGCGCCCGAUGCUCUGCAAGGAUCUUCUUCCGGGAGCACGGCGGCAGAGCCAAAAGUAGCAUCCCCACCAAAAUGCAGGCCACUCAACUCUGUACUUCCCAGGCCGUCAUCUGCAAAUAGCAUAGGCAGCAGUGCGUCUUCAAAUCACAGUGUCUACACUCCGGAGCCCCCACUGCCCCCAGCUGGAGGUGACCUUGCCAGCCGACUGUCCAGUGAUGAAGGGGAGAUGGACGGAGCGGACGAAUGCGAAAAGUUAGACUGUCAGUUCUCCACGCACCAUCCCAGACCUCUUGCGUUCUGCUCAUUUGGGAGUCGCCUCAUGGGACGAGGAUACUAUGUGUUUGAUAGAAGAUGGGAUCGUUUUCGGUUCGCACUAAACUCCAUGGUAGAAAAACACUUGAAUUCGCAGAUGUGGAAGCACAGAAGCCCGAGCCACAGGGCGUCAGGUCCCUCCCCUCUGUUCAGGACUUGCCUUACCAAUCUGCUGUCACUGAGCAACAUUGGGGCUGCCUGGGUGUCAACUCUGGAGAGCGUAGCACCCCGCUGCCCUCUCAGCCUCGCUGCCCAAACUCCAGGCCCCGAAGGGCCCGAACCUGGAGGGAUGGCAGCCGAUGGGGGCGUGGAAGACAUUAGGAAGAAAAGGAACGGCCAAGACUCUUUUUUCUUUAACAAGCAUUUAACUCUGCAUCAGGAGACGCCAACACAGUAUUCUCUUUCAGCCAGGAAGAUCCCUCCUGCGGCAGAUAGCCCCAUGCCCUCGCCAGCAGCCCACAUCACCACCCCUGUUCCAGCAUCCGUUUUGCAGCCUUUCAGCAACCCCAGUGCUGUGUAUCUUCCUUCAGCUCCCAUCAGCUCGAGACUCACCUCUUCUUACAUAAUGACAUCAGCCAUGCUCUCAGACGCAGCUUUUGUGGCAUCGCCGGACCCACGCGUCCUCAUGUCCCACACCACAGCUUUCCCCCAUGUGGCUGCAACCCUCAGCAUCAUGGACUCAACCUUCAAGGCCCCAUCCGCCGUGUCCCCGAUACCAGCUGUCAUUCCUUCCCCAUCCCACAAGCCAUCCAAAACCAAAACCAGCAAAUCCUCAAAAGUGAAAGACCUGUCAGCUCGUAGCGACGAAUCUCCAAGUAACAAAAAGAGGAAGCCGCAGUCCUCCACUUCCUCCUCCUUACCCUUGCAGGCUUCCCUCUCGUCUCCAUUGUCAGGGCCCCACAAAAAGAACUGCGUUUUGAAUGCCAGUUCCGCUUUGAACUCCUAUCAGGCAGCCCCUCCCUAUAACAGUCUGUCUGUGCACAACUCAAAUAACGGGGUAAGCCCACUCAGUGCCAAGCUGGAGCCCUCAGGACGGACCUCACUGCCCAGCGGCCCCAUGGACAUAGUGAGACAGGUGGGCGCCGUGGGAGGCAGCAGUGCCUCCUGUCCCCUCUCCGUGCCCUCCCUUGCGCUCCAUGCAGGGGACCUCUCUCUGGCCUCACACAGUGCUGUGUCUUCUCUGCCCCUCUCUUUUGACAAAUCAGAAGGAAAAAAGCGUAAGAACUCAAGUCCUAGUAGCAAAGCCUGUAAGAUCACUAAAAUGCCUGGUAUGAAUAGCGUUCACAAAAAGAACCCACCCAGCCUUCUUGCACCGGUGCCUGAUCUCGUUAACAGCACCUCCUCUCGGCAGGUUGGGAAAAAUAGCAGCCUAGCUUUGUCACAAUCCAGUCCUGCAAGCAUAUCCAACCCAGGACACAGCCGACAGAAGAACACAAGCAGAAUGGGCAGGAUAAGGACUCUACCCUAACAAGAUGUCUUUUCCAGGGCACACUGCACACUAUCCUUAAGAUGGGUCAGCUGAAAGCCCACAGGAACCAGGAAAGCCACUCCAUGAGGUGGUACUGUGACCAUAGCUCCUGUGAUGGUCCUGGGGCCAGAAAGAAUGCUCCAGAAGAAAGUCUGCAUGGAGGGUUUUGUGCCAAACUCCUUGUGGGAAAGAAGUAGCGUCGGUCGCUCACCCACACCUUAGAUAAGCCUGCAGUCCGUCUUCAGAGGCCCCAACUCAGACAGCCCAGUGCCCUGGUAAGGACAAGCAUAGAAAGGAAGAGACACAGGCAAGGAAGCACUGGAGCACCACGGCUGUUCCCGUUGGAGUUUGAAAGAAACCGCAGUACCAUCAAGCUCCAGUGCGGGAUCAGGAAGAGAAUUCACACACAAAGCAGGUGUUCUGGGCUUUGACCUGAAAUCAGACGUGAAUGCUAGUUUUGCAGCCGGGCACACCCCCUCCCUCUCUUUCUCCUUCCCUCCCUCCCUUCUUCCCUCCCCAAAAUUUUCCUUCCCAUUCCUUUUCUCCCAACCCAAAGAUCAGACUACUGUUGAGUUUCACCCUAGGACUGGAAGCUGCAAAGACGGGAGGUAAAAGGAGUGAUUUCCGUCGAUGCAAUUGCACUGACAGUGUUUCUUAAGGGACUCCUGAGUUUUUAAAUAGAAAAUGAAGGUUUUGUUUUUGAAGUCAGGAGUUGAUAUUAAGCAAGUACUAGGACAUUGGUUACGAUUAUUUUGUUUUUCUUUCUCCACUGUUAAAAGUGCACUUAUAUGCUGGUUAAUUUACAUCUUGGGGUGGGUUGGGGAGGGAGACUGCAAAUUCAAGGGACAAUUGUUACUUUUUUGUUUUUUGGGUUUUGUUUUUUUUUAAUGUUAAGGCAGAUUUUAAGACUUAUAAAUGUUUAAGAAAUUAUAAACAAGGUUAGAUCCUUUGAAAAAGUUUAGAAGAUAUUCUUAAAGUAAAUUUUUAUAGUGUUAAUUUUGUAAUAAUUUAUGUUUUACUAUAUUACAGAGCUAACUGACCAGAAUAGUUUCAAAAACAAUAUGAAACUUAGGAAAGUUUAAGCAAUGUUUAUAUUUUUAAAAUGUUCUUUGAAUUAUGUUUUUAUUGUACAUUUCUUCAGACUCAAAAGUGUGUACAUAUCUUUGUUAUUUUUGCACAAUUUUUGUCUUGUUUGGUUUUAGAUGUCUGUUGGUUUUAUAUAUAUAUAUAUAUAUAUAAAUACAUAAUUUAUUUUGAGUUGUAAAACUUGCAGGAUUAAAAACAAAACAAGUCUCAGCAACAGAAAAAGCCUCUGGUCUGUACCCUUCUACUCAAAGAGGGAAAACAAGGGUUGAGAGGUGAAAUGGCUGCUUCUGAGAAACAGUGGAUUCACAGAGGCCGAGGGAGCAAGCAGGCUUCAGCACGGCCCUCGCUGUGCCAUGCCUCCGUAGCCGGAAGAAAGAGGCUCUCCCCCCAGUGCUGCUUACUUGAGAGACUGCUUUGACCAAAACGUGAGGACAAUUCCAGAAAACUGAGCAAAAAGGGAAAACCCGCGGUAUUUCUUCCUUCACAGUUGUCCCCAGGUUGGUGUAUUAAACGCUUGCGGCUAGGAAAAUAAAUGGAAUGCGAAUAAAAGAUUUCCUUUGGGUUUGUCCUCAUGGAAUUCAGUUGGACUAACCCCUAAAGCAUCAAGAGAGUGGUACCCUUCUGGUCUUCUGUUCCCCACACCCCACUCAGCCUUCUGUCUCAGACCCUUGGCUGCUCACACCCCUGCACACCUGGGGAGCUCCUGACACGUCACCGGCCACAGAGGCUCUGGAUGUUAAGCAUAACGCAAUGCAUAGACCUGUCAGCCAUAUAAAAUUUAAAAAAAAAAUCAAAAAAUCGAGUUGGAUAACUUGUAUGCCUUCUUUUGUAUCAAUGUACCAACUGUAAAUAACGCUGAUCAACCUUUGUAGAAAAUAGUUUAUACGGCGUAUUCUAUUAUUGCUGAUUCUCAGUGAACUCUUGUUUAAAGAAAAGGAAAAAAAUGAAAUUUUCUAUUUACACCUUAUAUUUUGUUAUGCUGUCAGCCCAUGGCACUUUAACCAAACUCUGUGGGUUUUAUGUAGCUGGUCAGUCAUGGGGUAAAUUAAAUAACUAUUGUUGCACAGACAAGAAUUUGCACCUGUUCAUUUGUCCUUUCCUACUAACCAAUUUUAGAAGCUUUUUCAGAAGAAUUUUGAAGAGAGCAUGUCCAAUCAUACUCAACAAAGGCCACACCGUGGAGUGGGUUUCUUUUCUAUGAUCCAUAUUUUGUAACACUAAGUAUUUUCCUUCUUUGUCCUGCACCUUUAUGAAUUAGCACUAUCAGAUAGAAUCCAUUCCAUGCCUGUGAUGUUGUAAGCAAAUAAAUGUCUGAAGUAGGUGUAAAUAGUAAACUCUAUGGCUUACCGUUUUUAAAAGAAAGAACAAAUAUGUAUCUAUUGAUACUGCCGUGGUUCAUUCAGCACCAGGUCUGGAAAUAAUCUCCAGUGAGUGAUUGUAUUUUUUUUUCUGCUUUUUUUUUUUUUUUGUAACAUGGCUUUGUAAAUAAAAUAAUUU